AUUCAAGUUUCUAUCCACCCCACACCCACCCCACACCCACCCACACAACAAAAAGAUCAACACUCUCGCAGCAGCAUCUCCCUCUAAAAUGGAACUUCCAUGGCUGCUUUACGCUUCCCUCUUCUUGGCCAUUUAUCUCUCCACCAAACAUUUCUUCAACAGGUUGAGAAACCUUCCUCCUUCCCCCUUCCUGUCUCUGCCCUUCAUCGGCCAUCUCUACCUCGCCAAGAAACCUCUGUACCGUGCCCUCGCCAAGGUCGCCGGCGGCUACGGCCCCGUCGUCUUGCUUCAGCUCGGCUCCCGCCGCGUCCUCGUCGUGUCGUCCCCGGAAGCCGCCGAGGAGUGCCUUGCCAGAAAUGAUGUCGUUUUUGCUAACCGGCCGGACUUGCUCGCCGGGAAGCAUUUGGGGUAUAAUUAUACUUCCCUGGCCUGGAGUUCCUACGGAGACCACUGGCGGAACCUCCGGAAAAUAUCGUCCAUCGAGAUCCUGUCGGCGCACAGGCUCGAUUUGCUCCGGGAUAUUAGGGCCGGCGAGGUGAGGUCGCUGAUCGGAGCUUUGAAUCGGGCGGCGGAGCAGCGGAGGCCGGUGGAUAUGAAGACGGCGUUUUUCGAGCUGACGAUGAAUGUGAUGAUGCGGAUGAUCGCCGGGAAGAGGUACUACGGGGAGAACGUGGUGGAGGUGGAGGAGGCGCGGCGGUUCAGGGAGAUCACGACGGAGACUCUCCGGAUAGGGUCGUCGAAUAUUGGGGAUUUCUUGCCGGUGGUGAAGUGGUUGGGGUUGGGCGGCGUGGAGAAGGCGCUGAUGGAGCUGCAGCGGAAGAGGAACGUCUUUAUGCAGGAGCUGCUGGAGGGGUGCCGGAAAAGGUUCGCCGGAGAGGCCGCCGUCGGUAAGGCGAAGACGAUGAUUGAUAUGCUGUUGGCUUUUGAGGAAAAGGAGCCUGAGAAUUGCUCCGACGCCUUCAUACGAAGCUUAAUGCUGACUCUUCUGAUCGCCGGCACCGACACGUCGGCCGGAACGAUGGAAUGGGCGCUGUCCCUGCUCGUAAAAAAUUCCGGCGUUCUGAAGAAAGCUCAAGCCGAAAUCGACGGCCGGAUCGGGCAUGACCGUCUGAUCGACGAAACGGACGUCUCAGAUCUGCCGUACCUCCGGUGCAUCAUCAACGAAACCCUAAGAUUGUACCCUGCGGGGCCGCUGCUAAUCCCCCACGCCUCGUCGGAGGCCUGCACUGUGGGAGGGUACCGUGUCCCCGCCGGCACGAUGCUUCUGGUCAACAUCUGGGCAAUACAGAACGAUCCGAAGCAGUGGGAGGACGCCGGAAAGUUCAGACCGGAGAGAUUCGAGGGGGUGCAGGGGAGCAGGGAGGGGUUCAGGCUGAUGCCGUUCGGGUCGGGGAGAAGAGGGUGCCCUGGAGAGGGCCUGGCUCUGCGGAUGUUGGGGUUCGGAUUGGGGGCGUUGAUUCAGUGCUUUGAUUGGGAGGCGGAGGGGCCGAUCGACAUGUCGGAAGGCACCGGGCUGACGCUGCCCCGUGCGACGCCAUUGAUGGCGGUAUGCAGAGCUCGACCUGUAGCAGAGAAGAUUUUAUCGCAGAUUUAAAUUUUUAAUUAUUUAAUACUAUCAAAUAAAUUUUUAGAUAUCGAAUUAAUUAUAUAUAUUGACAGACACCAUACGUUGUUCUUUUCA